UUUUGAAUUUGUAAGAAAUGAAAGUUAUAGAUAGAGGGAGUUAACAGAGGUUAGGGUGAGGCUUUAUAAAGCAGGACUCUCGCAGCAUCCUCUCAGUUUCCAAGGAGCUGAUGGGAUCCAGCGCUGAUGUGACUCAGCAACCAACUCAAGAAGGAUGAGUGGGAAGGCCAAAAGUAAAACCCGGAGGUCCUUUGGGGCCACCGCACCACCCUUCCUUGACUACCUAAAAGGUAUUCUUCGUCGAUAUCCUGACGGUGGACAAAUUUUGAAGGAACUGAUCCAAAAUGCUGAUGAUGCUCGAGCGACAGAGGUGAUUUUCAUUCACGAUGAAAGGAGCUACGGCACUGAGGGUCUUUGGAAUGACAAUCUUGGACAACAUCAAGGACCUGCUCUUUAUGCCUACAACAAUGCGGUGUUUACCGAUGAAGACUGGGAAAGAAUUCAAAAGGCUGGAAGAAGUGGAAAGAUCAAUGACCCUAACAAAAUUGGAAGAUUUGGAAUUGGCUUCAACUCUGUUUAUCACAUAACAGAUGUGCCAAGUAUUUUCAGCUCCGGACAUCUUGGAUUGAUGGAUCCCCAAGAAGAAAUAUUUGGCGAUAAGGGGUUUCUGUGGUUUUUGAAUGACCCUGAAGACCAAGAAUCUCUGAUGACAAUGCAAGACCAGUUUCAACCCUACAGAGACAUUGUUUUGCUUGUUGGCAAACAAGAAUGGUCAAAGAUCAUAGAGAAUCAAUACUUCCCUGGGACAAUUUUCAGACUGCCAUUACGCAACAAGGCGUCAGAGAUUUCGGACAAUCUGUAUAAUUCAGAUAAGAUGGUUGACCUUUUUGAUAGCUUUAUUGCAGAUGCAGACCUAAGCCUCCUCUUUCUGAAAAGUGUGAACUCUGUGUCCUUGGUCCACAUUAGUGAGGAUGGAACCGUUAACACCAGGCUUGAAGUGAAAUCCUCAGAACCAAAAGAAGUUGCUCUGAAGCAAGGAGAUGAAUCAGACACUGAAGGCUUGACAAGAUUCAAGUUGGUAACUCUAAAUUCAGAAGAGCAGAAAGAAACAAAAUGGCUCCUAACAACAUGCACAAUGAAAAAGGAUAAGGUACCAAACCUGGAUGUUCUGGCCAAAAAGCUGAGUUUUUUACCUAGAGUUGACUUAGCAUUCCCCCUUGACGAGCAGAGAGACGGUAGUCAUGGCAGACUGAGCUGCUUUCUCCCUCUCCCAAACAAUGAGUCCAACAAGACCGGUCUACCAGUUCAUGUCAACGCCUGCUUUGGCCUCACAGACAACAGAAGGCACAUCAAGUGGCAAGAAGAAGACCAGAAACAUGACGAACAUGCUUUAUGGAAUGAGUUGCUAGUAAAGGAGGUUCUACCACAAGCAUAUGUGCUACUUAUUCAAGAUGCCAUUACGCUCUAUCAACAAUCAUCUUUUCCUCUGUCUUCCGUGUACAACCUGUGGCCUGAUGUUACUCAGAUGCGACACAAAGACAAGUGGCUCAAUGUUGCUGUGGAUGUUUUUCAUCACUUGCUCAACGAGGACAUGGCUGUUCUCUCUCUAGCCAGAGAUGAGACCCAGUUUAUCCCUUUAUCAGAAGCUGUGAUACCCUGUAAUGGUCCAACAUCACUUGACACAUUAUUUGCCAUUAAAAGGACUUUGGUUUCCUGUGGAGAAAAUCUUGUGAGUCUACCGGCUAAUGUACUCAGGGCCAUUGAGGUCUAUCCACACACCAAUCCAAAACAUGUGACGCCCAGCUUCCUCAGAAAGGUGCUUCAUAGGUCCGGUGUUCAUAAUAUCAAUAAAGAAGACAAACUGUGUAUUUUAGAGUACAUAUUGAGUGAUGGAGAAUACAAAGAACUGGAGGGUCUUCAGCUCCUUCCACUCAGUGAUGGAUCUUUCAAAUCAUUCACAAACAAAGAGGAGGACACUGCUUUAAUUGACAACAAGGAUUUCCCAAGAAUGCUGCUUCCCUACUGCAAAAACCUCUUCAUGCGCCAUGAUCUCAGUUCAACCUGCACAGCCCACCUUAAAGAAGUGGCCAAAAUAGGGAUAUUUAAAGUCAUAAACGUGGAUAAAAACCAUGUUGUGCAAUACACAAGAAAACAUCUGCCGCAGGACUGGAAGCAAACGGAGAGAAGACUUGUUACUUGGGACACCAACAACAGCCACCAUCCACCAUUAGAUUGGCUUCAGGAAUUCUGGAGGUUUCUGAACUCUCACUUUAAUGAGUUAACUUUUUUUAGGGAUAUACCUCUUAUACCUGUCAGUCCCCUGUCUGGUAGUCAGUGUGUUUCACUGGCAAAACUACAACAGAAGACAACCCUAAUUUUCCAGAAAAGAGGACAGAGCAGUUUACCAGACCAGUUAGCUCAGCUAGUGACCAAAGCUGGCGGCACAGUGGUGAGAGGGAAUGACUGGCUAAAGCAUGUAGACCUUGAAACUUAUGUUCUGAGUCCAUCUCCAAUGAGUGUUAUGAAGGUGUUGAUGAAUUUAGACUUUCAGCAUGUCAUCAGUAAUGUAACAUGUGCAACUAAAACAGCACGAGAGGAACUGAAAGACUGUUUGUCCCAUCUAGAUUCUCUCUCAGGUCCAGAGAAAGAUUUUCUCAUAAGGCUGCCUCUGUUUCAAACUACGACAGGUUCCUUGGUCACAGCUCAGUCAAAACAGGCUUUGGUUUUAACGACUGGUCCUGGUUUAGCCCCACAACUGCCUGUGCCAGAUUCGGUUAUUCAGUGUACUACUGAAGCUGAUCGAAGACUUUUACAGCUGCUGAAGGUGAAUCUCUUGGGUCCAGCUGAAGUAGGCAUUAUCCUUGUUGACAGGAUAAAACAGGGCGCCUGCAAUAGUCAAGAUACAGAGAACAUAAUGACCUGGAUAUUGCAGCACGGGAAUAUCCUUUUCUCACAAAAUCAGUCCCUGAAAAACAGAUGCAAGGAACUAAGAUUCAUCCAAGGGAAAGGAGAGUUGAAAAGAGCUUCCGACUUUUUUGAUCCAAGAGUGAAAAACUUUAAAGUCAUCCUUGAGUCAGAUUUUUUCCCCCCAUCUGUAUACACAGAAGCAACACAGAUAUUGGAAAGUCUGUUAGAUCUUGGAUUGAUAAACAAAGAGGCAGAUUUGACACCUGAGCAUUUGUUAUAUGCCACCACAAUUAUUGAAAAAAAAAAAAGUGAACUCUGAGGGUGAGGCCCUUCAAAGAGCUCAGGUCCUCUUGGAAAUCCUGGAUGCUUGUGAUCUACUGUCAAAGUUUUCAAAUGCACAACUUAAUACUCUUAAGAAGACUAAAUGGUUCCCAUGUGAUCAACCCCUUAUU